AUGAAUUGCCAGUUAGGUGAUCAGUGGAAUUUGGAUGACGAUUUCAGCGCUAACAAAUUGCUGAGUUUAGCUGUAGAACGCGAUGCAGAAGGGUAUCUUGCGUACGAGGAAAUCGCGGAUGUUGCGGCCCACCGGGAAGCGGAAGAUGCACAGGUCGAGCAGGAUGAUGGCGACGAUGAUGGCAACGAUGACGGCGGCGAUGGCUUGGGGGGAAGUGGUAUUGUCACCUCACCGCUCAUGUGA